AUGGCACCAUCAAGAGCUUCAGCAGGAAGGUUCCUCCACAAAGCCUCCAAGCAAGCACAUAUCGAUCCAUUCUGUAGGACUCGCGUGCAACGACGAUGGCUCAAUGCUGCAGCUGAUGCAAGCCUCCCACCACGGAAAACAGACACAGAACGGAAGGGACCAUUGAGCGGAAUCAGAGUGUUGGAUAUGACCAGGGUAUUGGCUGGUCCAUAUAGCACGCAGAUAUUAGGUGACCUAGGAGCAGAAAUUAUCAAGAUUGAACACCCAACUCGAGGGGAUGAUACACGAGCAUGGGGUCCUCCCUACGCAGAGUAUACCACUGAAAGUGACAAGAAAGGUCCUGGAGAGAGUGCAUAUUUUCUAGCUGUAAACCGCAACAAACACUCUCUAGGCCUCUCAUUCCAACACCCACAAGGUCAAGAGAUUCUACACAAACUAGCAGCGACCUCCGACGUCCUCGUAGAAAACUACAUCCCAGGCGCCCUCCGCAAAUAUCAACUCGACUACGAAACCCUCUCCCGCAUCAACCCAUCCCUCAUCUACGCCUCCAUAACAGGCUACGGCCAAACCGGCCCCUUCAGCAAACGCGCCGGCUACGACGUAAUGGUCGAAGCCGAAUUCGGCUUGAUGCACAUCACCGGUGAGAGGGACGGCCAACCCGUCAAGGUAGGCGUGGCCGUAACCGACCUGACCACAGGUCUCUACACCGCAAAUUCAGUCAUGGCUGCUCUGAUUCAGCGAGCAAACGACCCCGACCGCAAAGGACAAUGGCUCGACGUGGCGCUAAGCGACUGCCAGACCGCAACGCUAGCAAACAUCGCAAGCAGCGUGCUAAUCAGUGGCAAACGCGACGGCGGGAGAUGGGGAACUGCUCACCCCAGCAUCGUUCCCUACAAAGGCUUCGAAACCAAAGACGGCGACGUAAUGCUCGGAGGCGGGAACGACCGGCUCUUCGGCGUGCUCUGUCAACGACUAGGCAAGCCGGAAUGGGCAUCGGACCCGAAAUACAAAACUAACGGCGACCGAGUCAAGCAUCGAGACGAGUUGGAAGACAUGAUCACCGCGAUCACAAAAACGAAGACGACGAAACAGUGGCUGGAGGUUCUCGAGGGAAGUGGUAUGCCUUAUGCGGCGGUGAAUGAUGUUAAGGAUACGCUUGACCAUGAGCACACACAGGCCCGCAAGAUGGUGACCGAGGUUCAGCAUAGUAGUUGUGGGCCGAUCAAGGUCGUGAGUCCUCCGGUCAAGUACAGUGGGAGUAGUGUGGGUGUACGCAGUGCGCCUCCGACACUGGGCAUGCAUACGGACUAUGUUCUUCGUGAUGUUCUUGGAUUCAGUGAGCAAAAGGUUGGCGACCUGAAAUCUGAGGGUGUUGUUGCUUGA